AUGGAACUAGUUGUGUAUUCGUGUCUGAUGCAUGAUCUGGAAUGGGCAACGACGAAAGAGCUCCUAUCCACCGAUAAACGCUUCGAGGUUGACUCAGCAAAUCUAGUGCGCCAAUCUGUCCUCUCGGACGCGAACGUUUCAUGGGACCGCCACCGCGUGCAGCUGAGCUGGGAUUCAAUUGCCCUGCACACCACACCUUCAAUUGCACACCACAAAGAACCCGAGGUCAUCUUGGUCAGAUUCAGGGUUUCUGCUAACUUCUUAGGUCCAAACCUUCCACCCAAGGGCUUAAUCAGUCCGGAGGAAUUCAAAGAGACCGUUGACACAUUCCCACGACUCGGAUCCAAGGAUGAAUUGAUUCGCACUAUGUGCAGGCUGUGUCGAGAUAAACCUGAGACAACUUUGGACAAUUUUGCGUCCCUGUUUGGAGUAACUUGUGGAAUUGACGAAAAUGGAACGGGAAAAGAAGAAUUCCUUGAAAGACUUGCUAAGCAUGCUCCGGUGAGGACCGGUGUGGCGGCUUUGACUGCUUACGAGGAAUAUGAGUGA